ACAUUUAUAAAUAAAUUCAUUUUUUUCGAUAAUUUCCAAAUUUUUUUUUUACCUUUUUAUUUUUUUUUGGCUUAAACAAAUAAAACAAACACAGUGCGAGGAAUGAUAGAAGAGAGGUCGACGCUCGAUCUCCUCCAAGACGACUCGUUUCGCUCCCCGCUGCGAGAUUGCUCCGUCGCCGCUGAGUUCGCGCGCAUCGGUUUUUAUUUGGAUCUAGGAGGAAUCGGAAUCGGAAUCGGCGAUCGGAUCUGAGGGCGGUGGUGAAGCGAAGCGAUGCCGUCUCAUUCGGAUCUGGACCGUCAGAUCGAGCAUCUGAUGGAGUGCAAGACGUUGCCGGAGGCGGAGGUGAAGACGCUGUGCGAGCAGGCGAAGGCGAUCCUGGUGGAGGAGUGGAACGUGCAGCCGGUGAAGUGCCCCGUCACGGUGUGCGGAGAUAUACACGGCCAGUUCUACGACCUCAUUGAGCUUUUUAGGAUAGGAGGGAACGCUCCCGAUACUAAUUACCUUUUUAUGGGUGAUUAUGUAGAUCGUGGGUACUAUUCUGUGGAGACUGUCACGCUUCUGGUCGCCCUGAAAGUCCGUUAUAGAGAUAGAAUUACAAUCCUCAGAGGAAAUCACGAGAGCCGGCAAAUUACUCAAGUGUAUGGUUUUUAUGACGAAUGCUUGAGAAAGUAUGGGAAUGCCAAUGUCUGGAAGUUCUUUACCGAUUUAUUUGAUUAUCUUCCCCUGACAGCCCUCAUUGAGAGUCAGGUCUUCUGUUUGCAUGGGGGUCUUUCACCAUCUUUGGAAACAUUGGACAAUAUCCGAGCUUUGGACCGUAUACAGGAGGUUCCACAUGAAGGACCAAUGUGUGAUCUUUUGUGGUCUGAUCCAGAUGACCGCUGUGGGUGGGGAAUAUCUCCGCGGGGUGCUGGUUAUACAUUCGGGCAGGAUAUAGCUGCUCAGUUUAACCAUACCAAUGGACUGAGUCUGAUUUCAAGAGCUCAUCAGCUUGUCAUGGAAGGAUACAAUUGGUGCCAGGAGAAGAAUGUGGUGACUGUUUUCAGCGCUCCAAACUAUUGUUAUCGGUGUGGGAACAUGGCUGCAAUUUUGGAAAUUGGCGAGAACAUGGACCAGAAUUUUCUGCAGUUCGACCCAGCCCCUCGUCAAAUUGAGCCGGACAACACACGCAAGACUCCCGAUUAUUUUUUGUAAUUUCAAUAUCUUACGGGCUGUUUGUAAUCCAUGUUUUCUGUAGAUGUGUCGUUAAAAGGAGUUGUGUUGUUUAAGUUGAGGGUUAUGGUCAACAUGAUUCUUUUGUUUGGUGUUUUUAGCCCCUGCUGCUGCUUUGUUGAUUUUCCGAAGAAACUCAUUAGGAGAACUGACAACGGUCACCAAUGGCCUGUGGCUCUUGUCUUGUAUAUUUUUCGGAGGAAACGUCAAUAACAUGGUAUAUCUUGUUCUGUAA